GUGGCUCUCCGCCCGAUCGGGUCGUGUCGUUGCCCCAGGCAGGAACCGGGGGGGGCGGAGCCGCAUCAUCAGCCACGUUCUCUUCAACUCUUCUCUCUCUCUUCUCUCUCACUCUUCUAUCACUCUUAUAUCAUUCUAGUCAGGUUCUGUCAAUGUGACCUGUCUGAUCCGGAUGAUCCCCAGGAUGCCCUCGUUGUUCGUCCAGAGAGCCGCCCGGCCCCUUUCGUUUCCCUGAUGACGUAGUAUUGUUGUUCCUCGUAGAAGCUCUAGUUCACGCCGCACAACCUCACCAUGUAAGACCGACCGAAAAGCAAGAGGCGUUCGUUCUAAGAGACGAUGUAGAGUUAUCCCGUACGUCAACGACUAAACAGAUAUAAAUUGAGCAGUCAACUCGCCCCAUCGCCGUUUUCCGCCCGACCUCGGGGCCGCCCGGCCGGGAAUCGCUCAGUUACUGUACCUACUAGCGAUUAGUUAGGUAUAAGAGAUGAUCGAUCCGUCUCUAUAACCUCAAUCAACCCCAUCCACCCCCCCUUCAACAUGCACCCCAAAGUCCCCAAAAUGCCUCGCAUCGGCUGGUUUGGCCUUGGCUCCAUGGGCCUAGCCAUGGCCACCAAUCUCCAACGACACCUGGUGGCCAAACAGGCCCCGGGCCUCAUCUACUCGAACCGGACCCUCUCGCGGGGCGAUGUCCUGCAAUCGCUGGGUGCCACGCCGGAGUCUGAUUUCAAGAAACUAGUCGUUCAAUCCGACAUCAUCUUCACUAUGGUCUCUAAUGACUCGGUUCACAAAAGCCUGAUCUCCAAGGCUACCCUGUCUGCACCGUCCCUGCACGGCAAAAUCUUCGUGGACUGCUCGACUGUGCAUCCGGAGACCGUAGGCCAAUCCGUCGGCAGGCUCGGGGGGAAGGGGGGUAUCUUACUAGCAGCGCCUGUCUUCGGCGGUAGCUCGAUCGCUGAGGCGGGGAAGUUGGUCUUUGCGAUUGGCGGGUUGCAGAGCGCGUCUAAGGUCGUGAAGCCGUUGAUCCAGGACGUGAUGGGUCGUAAGGUGAUUGAUUGUGGAGCGGACGCGAAAAAAGCGUCGCUUUUGAAGAUUGCCGGCAAUAUUGUUACCCUCAAUAUGAUGGAAGCUGUUGGGGAAGCCCAGGUCUUUGCCGAAAAGACCGGCCUUGGGACAGGUCCUAUGGAAGAACUCAUCGGCGAGGCAUUUGGACCGGUCGCCGGGGGUUAUUCGAAGAGAUUGACCACCGGUGCCUAUGCACCGCCUCUGGACUCUCGGCCGGGGUUCUCCGUAGACAAUGCCAUCAAGGAUGCCAACCAUGCCAUGGAUUUGGCCCAAGACCAUGAUGCAUAUCUGCCAGGCCUGAAGGUUGCUCGAAAGAACAUGGUGGCUGCUCGAGAUUAUGCAGGACCGUGUCUAGACAGCAGCUCUAUGUACGGAAUGCUGCGUCAACAGGCAGGGUUGGAAUUCUGGACUAAGAACAGCCGGAAGGGUUGAGAAGACAUGCGAUCGAUAGUGUUGUAUAAGAACUUUAUAUCGUGGAUAUGUUGAAUAUUUGCGACUAUAGGGUCUGUCCCAUAGAUAUUGAUGUGGCCCCUGGAUGUACCAAUCACUUCACUAAGACGGAUCCGCGUAUUCUGGCUUCUCUACUCGCUGCUUACACAAGAAUCUCUACGGGUAGAAUGCUCGCAAAC